CUCAUACUUGCAAAAUAAUCACUUCUUCCAAACAUAAUUUCCUCACCACUUGCCGACAAUGCUCUUCAAGACUACAAUUCUCUUGCCUGCACUUGUUGCACUUGGCCUUGCCACUGCGGUUCCUGGUCCUGAGGUUGAAGAUGAUCUCGUUGCCCGUGGUCCAGAAUUUGAAGAAGAUCUCGCCGCUCGUGGUGCCUUUGUUGAGGACGAUCUCGCUGGUCGAGAUCUUGAAGACGAUCUCGCUGCUCGUAGUGGACAUGGACAUCCAGACUGUGGCCAAUUUGCAUCUUGGAGCUCACAGUUCAACCGAUGCUUCUGCAGACAGCCUGGAUACAUAUUCUACCCGAAUGGGAAGUUUUGCUGUCAGCGCGAUUACACGUACUACCCAGAUGGAAGGGUUUGCUGUCCGCGCAGCUACUUUUACGAUCACCAACGUCAUAGAUGCUGCCGAAGACAGGACUACGAUUUCAAACAUGGAAGGUGCCGCCAUUAAACAACUUUUGCCAAUCCUGAGUGGUGGUUGAUGAAAAGAGAUAAGAUGGAUACUUCAAUAAAAACGAUUCUGAGUUUCAACAUUCAUUAUGUCAUUAAAAUAAACACCGUUCAUUAAUUAGGUAAACAAAUAACAUUCAUUCAUUCGAUGUAAAGUAGCCAAAUUGAACGAACUUUUGUUUUCGUCCGGU